AUGGACCAGACUUUCCGUGCUAGAAGAAUAGAUAAUAUGUGGGACUUUCUUAAGACUUGCAAUCUCCAUUCUUGUAUAGUCAGACGCCUGCAGGAUACAAGUUUCUAUAGGAUUAUUGAAAUUGGCCGGCUGCAGCUGGAUUGGUCGUUGAUCAUAGCUUUGAUAGAGCAGUGGCGACCAGAGACGCACACAUUCCAUUUGCCCAUUGGUGAUGCCAUUAUCACGCUGCAUGACGUGGAGGUUCUGUAUGGGCUAUCGGUUGAUGCACUUCCUGUUGCUUUGCCACAUGCCAUGAGAGAGUAUAUGAGAGAUCAGUACCUGGAGACGUUGCAGUGCCUCACCGGUUUCCGGCCAGCAGAUGAGGGUGCAUUGGUUGGGGCUAGUCGUCUUGUGUUGACACCCGUCCGGCUGCAUCUGGAGGCGAUGCAUGCUGACAUUACAGAUAAUACACCAGAUCUUCAUAGUAACCGGUACACGAGGUUGUUGCUACUAUUUGGAGGCGUAUUAUUCCCAAACACUUUGGGAAACCUAGUCAGCUUGAGAUUUCUUCAUCAUCUUGAGCGGCUAGAUAAUUUACAUUGGUACAACUGGGGUGCUGCUAUUCUUGGUUACUUGUACUGGCAGAUGUGUCGGGCAUGCAUGGGCACCCAGCAAGAUGUUGCAGGAUUUAUGCUGCUACUGUAG